CUGCACCCACCCUUAAUGGAGGGAUAUCUACCAAUGGCAUUAUCUACUAGACUGCAACCAGGAUUGGAGCAGCAAAUUGUUCUGCCACGAAAUUCCUAUUUACAGGAUUAUUUUGAUGACCUUGCAAAGUACAUGAAAGUAGGUCCACCAUUAUACUUUGUUGUGAAGGACUUCAAUUACAGCUCUGCGUCGGUGGAUACAAAUCAAAUAUGUUCAAUCAGCCAGUGUAAUUCAAAUUCUCUUUUGAAUGAGAUAUCACGACAAUCAUUAUCCCCUGAGACUAGUUACAUUGCUAAACCUGCUGCUUCAUGGCUUGAUGACUUCCUAAUUUGGAUGUCCCCUGAAGCAUUUGGAUGCUGUAGAAAAUUUGUGAAUGGAAGUUACUGCCCUCCAGACGAUCAGCCUCCAUGCUGCCAACUCGAUCAGGUUUCAGGCUCUUGCAUGACAAGCAAAACCUGCAGUAACUGUACAACGUGCUUCCUACACUCAGACUUGGAUAAUGGGCGUCCAUCCACAACCCAAUUCAGAGAUAAACUUCCAUGGUUUCUUGACGCACUUCCAUCGAGUGAUUGUUCUAAAGGGGGAAAAGGAGCUUAUUCAACAAGUUUAGACCUCAGUGGUUAUGAAAGUGGCAUUAUACAAGCUUCGGCAUUCCGAACAUACCAUACUCCCCUUAACAAGCAGAGUGACUAUGUUAACUCAAUGAGAGCUGCCCGGGACUUCAGUUCUAAAAUGUCCAGAGAUUUGCAGAUGAAAAUUUUCCCAUAUUCCGUGUUCUAUAUAUUUUUUGAGCAAUACCUGAGCGUGUGGAAGACAGCUAUCAUGAACAUAUGUGUUUGCCUUGGUACCAUUUUUGUUGUUUGCUUCAUAGUUACCAGCAGUUUAUGGGCUUCAGCAAUAAUUUUAACUGUGCUAGCAAUGAUAGUCUUGGAUAUGAUGGGGGUGAUGGCCAUCCUUGGUAUUCAGCUCAAUGCAAUUUCUGUUGUAAACCUUGUUAUGUCGAUAGGAAUUGCUGUCGAGUUCUGUGUUCAUAUCACGCAUGCCUUUAUGAUUGGCACUGGGGACAAAGAAACUCGUGCAAGGCAGGCUCUAUCCACGAUGGGUGCGUCUGUAUUCAGUGGAAUCACCUUGACCAAACUUGUGGGAGUUAUUGUCCUACGUUUUGCGAAAUCUGAAGUUUUCGUGGUUUAUUACUUCCAAAUGUAUUUGGCACUUGUCAUCAUUGGAUUCCUGCAUGGGCUUAUCUUCCUACCGGUCCUUUUGAGUUUAUGUGGCCCUCCUACAAAAUGGGCGAAGCCAAAAGAACAAAGUCAGCCACCUUCAGCUUCAAGUGAGCGGACUUGACAGGAUUUUAUUUGAGUUGGACGGUUACAUACUAAAAAAUCGAAAUAGGCUAGUUUGGUCGGUGUGCGUCCAUGUGCUGUCCCAGUGGAGCAGCAGCAGUGAGGCGUACAGCAUUUGCUGAAGGUGAAAGCAGUCUUACAGAUCUGUAGAAAAUGUUGUGCAUAUCCAUGUUAGCAGCCGAACUAGGUUAUUUGGUGUUACAGUGCUACACAUGGCGGGGAAGGAAACUAAGAGGCGAAUUGGGGCUCGGUGUUAACUAGUUGACUGCAGUCCGCUGGUUGUUUAAUUUGUGUCACCCAAGCCGAGAGUCGAGACUCGAAUAGUUUUGUACUGCUGUUGUUUUGGUAUUUGCUGUGGGCAUUGAGCUUGUGUCUAAGUUCCAUAUGCUUGCGAGGCUUGUUUUUAUGAGAACAUAUCUGGUGUAUAUGGGAGUUUGGUGUACAUAUUAAAUCAAUGUCAUUUAUUAGAUCUAACAUCUC